AUGGCGGCGGCCGGCGCUGCUGCUGCUGAGCCGAACGAGGAGCUGGCGCCCGCGGCCGAAGCGCUGGCCGCAGCCCGGGAGCGGAGCAGCCGCUUCCUGAGCGGCCUGGAGCUGGUGAAGCAGGGCGCCGAGGCGCGCGUAUUCCGCGGCCGAUUCCAGGGCCGCGCGGCCGUGGUGAAGCACCGCUUCCCCAAGGGCUACCGGCACCCGACGCUGGAAGCGCGGCUGAGCCGGCGGCGGACUGUGCAGGAGGCCCGGGCGUUGCUCCGCUGUCGCCGCGCAGGAAUAUGUGCCCCAGUUGUCUUUUUUGUGGACUAUGCUUCCAACUGCUUAUUUAUGGAAGAAAUCGAAGGCUCAGUGACUGUUCGAGAUUAUAUUGAAUCCACUCUGGAGACUGAAAAAUCUCCCCAAAGUCUCCUGGGCUUAGCCAGGACAAUUGGGCAGGUUUUGGCUCGAAUGCACGAUGAAGACCUCAUUCAUGGUGACCUCACCACAUCCAACAUGCUCCUAAAACCCCCCCUGGAGCAGCUGAACAUUGUGCUCAUAGACUUUGGGCUGAGCUUCAUUUCAACACUUCCGGAAGACAAGGGAGUUGACCUGUACGUGCUAGAGAAGGCCUUCCUCAGUACCCAUCCCAACACUGAGACUGUGUUCGAAGCCUUUCUGAAGAGCUACUCCACCUCCUCCAGAAAGGCCAAACCAGUGUUAAAAAAAUUAGAUGAGGUGCGCCUCAGAGGGAGAAAGAGAUCCAUGGUAGGCUAG